AUGCUGACGAAAUCUUCGAGGGCGGCGGACCCCCCCGCCGCUAACCGAGGGACGGGAGCGGUACCGGGUGGAGGGACGAGACACCCGCUAGCCCGCUGCGGAACAGAAGAAAAGGAAUCUACAACGAGCAUACUGGUUCAAGGACGAUGCUCGCAGGACGCGGAGACCGCAGUGGCGGAAUUGAAGCGGGAAGAGCAAGCUGUGACGCUGACAUCGUGUGGGGGGACAAGCCAACCACGGCGUGGUGGCCAAUCAGAGAUCGAAAAAUCUAGAACGAAUGAGUCAGAGCGAGGACGAUGUUCACAGGAUGCGGGGACAAGACCGGGGGUCAGGCGGGAUGACCAAGGGGUGGCCGUUGAGCUGCUUGGAGGGAGAAGGCAGGAGCCACUUGGUUACAAUGCAGAAGACGAGGAAUCUGGAGGGGAUGGACUAGAUCAAGGAUGCCUGCCAGAGGCGAAGGCAAGGGCUGGGAUCACGCUUGAGGCGCCGGCUGUGGCGCUGAAGAGCCGUGCGGGCAGGCAGCCUUGCACACUGUUCCCUACGGGAGCAAAACAGAAGGAAGCACUUAGGCCAGCACAGGACAAGCCGCGAAACGGUGAAAAGAGAACUCCAGUAGAAGAGAAGGUCCUAGAAGAACCUACCGCGUGCUUGGCGCACACCGCAGCAGGAGGGCAGAACCCUUUCCCGCUCCCUAACUUGACAUCCGCAGACUCUCCUGAAUGUAGCGGAAGUAAACACGUCCACCAACAGCCACACAGUCAGUCGACCGGGUGCCCCCAAAGCAGCGCUGUUGCUGCGGAAUCGGUCCUGCAAAAGGGCGGAGAGGCAGACGUCACACCUGCAGACCGCAGCGCUGAGUUUCCGCUUGUACAACUGUGCACUAUUUCUAGGUCCAGCAGCAACCGAGCUCGCGAAGGCGGGCCAGGAAACCGCACGUGCGCGGUGCAGCCUACCUUACCGUGCAAGGUGCCUCCGUUACCACCCGCUAACGGAAGAACACUGGCCAAAGGCACCUGGUCCGCCUGCAAGCCGUUUCCGAAAAAAGAGACCGUUAUUAAGGCCAAACAUGGCACGACGGCUUUCAGCUCCGGUGCCUUCGGCAUUGGGGCGGUCAGAACCGUCGUCGACCAGAAAUGUGCACAGCUGCAAGUCAUGUCCGGAACGCAGAACCAUCUCGAAGGCCCGCCUGUCCGCUCCAGUGUCCGGAUAAGCAGCUGUAAUGCUGGCGCUGAAGGAGGUUCAGAGCAGCACGAGCCAACGAGUGCGAAAUUCCUUGCGGUGGCACCACUACGAGAGAGUUGUGAGUCAUUCCUGGCACGGAGUACGGAGAAACACGGAGAGCAGGUGGGACACCAAGGUCCUCCUGCUCUUUCGUCCGCAGUUGUAGAGGACAGACAGAGUGUAGGCCCCCCUAAUCCUGCGGCUGCCACGACUUUAACGACGAAUAAGACCUCGUCGAGCACGCGCCAGACGCCUACGUUCCAGUCCACUGCACGCCCAGGAGCGGCGCGGCAAGGGCGGGCCUGCCAAGUCGGUCGUUCGUGCAAGCUGACGAAUCCCCUGGGAGGCCGGAAGCCGUCUUACUGCAUUCAGCGUUAUGGAACGAGAAGCCCUUCAAAGUGUAAAGCGGGUGGGGCUAGCAGACGCGAGCAAACCCAGGAAAGUAAGGGAGUGAAAGCCACCGCAGCAUGCGGCAUCGCUACGCGGGCGGAUGCUGCCGAGAAUGAGAGGCUUCCGCAAGCGCAGCACCACUGUAGACAAGUCUCUUCGUCACUGAAGGCCGCGCGUCCCGGCGGUUGUGGACCAGCGAGACGCCAUGCAGGUCCCCCAUGGAUGGGGCCUGCUAUCGUGUGCAAAAGCGCGCCCCUUCUGCCCCUACAGGCAGGUGAGCUGGAAGGGAGCAAAUCACCUGGAGGCGGCGACGACCUGACUGGCGACACGGAGGCGCACACGAAUGCUACAGAGGACGGCCUACCUGCUGUAGCAGUCCCGCUGCUGGGCACGGUGAACAGGACGGAGCCACAGUCGGAAACGGAGUCUGGAAGCGAGUCGGAGGUCUACCCGGUAUUCACCGCACGCAAACAAGACGAACAGCUGGAUUCUGCGGACGAAGGCCCCGCUUCGCCGUCCGUUCGUCGCUAUCCUUUCGUUCCCCUGUUACCGCUUCAUCUCCUGCCGGGCAUUCUGGCUCGAAAAGACGCGGAAGAGGCGGCAUUCGAGCGCGCGUACGGCAUCUCUUACCAAGAAUAUGAGGACAUCAUGUGGCAGCUUUCCCUAGACAAUAGAGAUCAUCAAAGCGAAGACACGCGCACGCAGGAGCGGACGCACAGUUUCGGAGACAAUUCUAGUUGCUUGAGCCCCACCAGUGAGACGGAGAGGAAUAGCGCGGCAGACCAAGCACAUCACGCCGCAAGUGUAUCUUCCCACUUGGUGUCUCCUGCGCAAGUAAGCGCACGAAACGGCAUUGUCGCGCGCGACGAGGAGAUGCCCAAGGCUCCGGCGGACGCAUGUUCGAGCCGCAACGCAACGGAGAGCGUGGUGAAACUGACAAGCAACAACACGAUUUACUAUCUGCUUCCGGAGGAGACUGACGUCUCACUGCCAGCGCUUGUGCAGGACGGGUGCAACAAUGAGGUCACCGGGGCGACAGCGGAAACCGCGUUCCCUCCACUAGCGUGCGCACAGUUGCGACCUGUAGACCUCUCGUACUACUUAAGUGACGACGACGAAGAGACCCAGCAGGAGCUGCCCAAGGCUUUCUGUCUCGUGCCCGCCACUUUGCCCCACGCAACAGACACAGCCCAGUAUUGUGAAGGAUCCGUGGGGGAGCUGGCACAACUCGCUAAAGCUGACACAGACUUUCCGGGUAAGUCCCCAUUUCAAGCACCGAAUGCAGCAUUCCAAAGGAUCAAGGUGCUUCGCGGAAACCAGGCCGAAACGGCAGAAAGCUUCCGAAACGAGACAUUAGCUCUAGAACCCUCGACGCCUAAGCCAGUGUCGGUUAACAGCGGAUCGCUCAAAGAACGUUGUGGAGCUCAGCAAGAAAGGGCGAAGUGGGAUACAGGCUCCCGCCCGCGCUGCACGGACCUGCCCAGCGACUCCAGAAGAAGCCAACCUGCAAGCUCAUCCGCACGCGAUCGUCACACCCGCAGCUUUGAAAGCGGACCCUCAGGAACACAUGCAGAGUAA